AUGGCGAACCACGGACCAGCCUACGGCUUGAGCAAGGAAAUUCAGAGAAAAGUAAGUUGCUUUAAACUGGAUCUCCCAUUGAUACGGUCACGGGUUGUGUGCCAAAACCCGCAAUCCAUUAUUAUCAGUCUGUCGGAAAAAUAAUGAACACUCGUCGCAUCGAGAACCGCAUCGCCGCAGAGAAAAUGAAUUUCUUUUCAUCUUGGCGAACGACCGGCGCAACGAUGUUGUGCUAACUAUUUUUCCGACAGACUGAUACCAUUUUCAUAUUUUCAUAAAGUGCAUAGACAUUUGUCGCUGUCGCAUUUUGCAUUUUAUUUUUGUAUUACAUUAGCGACAAGCACAAAAAAGGUUCAAAAUGCACAAAAAAGAGAGCGAAUGUCCAUGCACUUUAUGAAAAUGCUUUAGAACCAAGCCAGAUUCAGUAUUGAAGAAGCCCGCGAGGUUUUGGCCUGGAUCGCGGAUGCCACUGGCUGCCAAUUCGAGCAAGAUGCGGCGGAAUUCGAGUCGGAUGCUCAAGUCAGCGAAGCCUUGAAAGAUGGGACUGUUCUUUGCGUGUAAGUUCGGUUGCUCCGAUUUUUGAUUUAUAGGUUUGUGUAGAGAAACAAACAUGGUGGGGUCAUUUUAUAAACUGGUCAUUUUUUCGCCAUUUUCACCAUUUUCCCUCCUUUUUAGCCUGAUCAACAAGCUUCUGGGCUCCCCGACUGCCGUCAAAUACCAUAAAAACCCGCGAAUGCCCUUCCACAAAAUGGAGAACAUCUCCAACUUCCUGGACGCUAUCAAAGACUACGGUGUCAAGGAGAUCUCCUGCUUCCAAACCGUGGAUCUCUACGAAAACAAGCAGUGCUACAAAGUGAUCGAGUGUCUGCGGAGUUUGGCUGCUGUGGUGAGUUGA